CAUGCCAACCGAAUCCCGUCGAUGAUCCAUUUAACGUAGCCCGCAGCGAGACCUCCCCGCGCCCGUCGCUUUUCCUCUCUCCACUCCCCGCCCCCCCUAUUCACCUCGCUGCCUGUCGGUCCUCGCCCGACGCUUUCCACACAGCGCUUGUGCUCGCUCCGCCUGCGACUCCCGUUCCCUUCCGCAUCGUGCCGUCCUCUCCUCUUGUUCCCGUCUCCUGCUUCUGCCUGCGACGCCGCCCUCGUCUUCUCGCCGCCGCCUCCUCCACUGCGCUGACGUAAGCUGCGUCAACCGAGCGCUCACGCCGGCAAUUCGUCCGCCCCUGUUGUGGUGCGUAGCAGCGCCGCCGACCCGCCUGAGCUGUGCCCGACUGCGCGCCCACAGCGUUCCCAGAUGGCAGCGCGCUCGCAGACGCCCAACUACGGCACGUACGAUGCUCUCAACAACGGCAUCACGACCGGCAAGGCUAGCGAGCCUUCGCCCCUAGCCAACGCAACGGGCGGUGUGCGGCCCACGAGCGCUGCCUACUCGUACGUACCUGGCGACGACAUCGACGGCACCGGGCCGACCAUCCAACAGCUCGAAGGCGCAGGCCUGCACCGCACCGCCUCCGGCAGCUCGCGCGCCGGCGGCGUGUCGAGGAGCAACACGCUCACCAAGAAGACCAAUACCCUCAGCCGGCGCUCCAGCUUGAAGAGGAGCGGCAGCAGGAAGAGCCUGGCAGCGGGCAGCAUAAAGGGCGUGCAGAUCGAAGACCCCAACGCACCGCUGGGCGAAGACUACAACAGCGUGUUCUACUGCCCUGUGCCCACGACGGGAAGCCCGACUGAGAUUCUAGCAAAUCGAUUCCAAGGUACGUUGCUAUACGGCCGUCGCAUUCGCAAAACAAAUGAGGGGCCGCGAAGAUACCAGGAGGGAAAGAAAAUAAGCGUCCUGCCGCCGCAACGAUGACGAGCUGGACGAAGGUCAUGCAAAGAUCGGCCGCUGACAGUACUCGCAGCAUGGCGCAAGUUCCUCAAGGACCUGGUCGCCUAUUUCAAGGAGGUGCAGAACUCGUACGAGCAGCGGUCCAAGGCGCUGCUCAAGGUCGCCAAUGUCAUCAACAACACCCAACCACCCUCCAUAUUCAUGUCCGAGGGCGGCCUCAACGACGCGAACCGCAUUCUGCGUGACUACCACCGCCAGGCCGUUGCCGAGGCCAACAAGGCGCGCGAGAUUGAGGACGACGUGAUAACGCAGCUGUCCGGCCUGCGUGCCGACCUGGGUCAGAAGAUCAAGGAGAUCAAGUCCCUGGCCGGCGACUUCAAGAACUCGGUCGACAAGGAGCGCGAGCACACUCGCAGGGCCGUCAAUGGCCUGCAGGAGGCCCUGAGCAUUGUCGAUCGCGAUCCGAAUGCGCUCGUUGGUAAGGAGGAUCCUUACAUCAUCCGACUAGGCGUCGACAGGCAAAUCGAGCGCCAGCUCGACGAGGAGAACUAUCUGCAUAGAGCAUAUCUGAACCUCGAGGGCUCCGGUCGCGAGCUCGAGUCAAUCGUUGUAGGCGAGGUUCAGAAGGCGUACAACGCGCUCGCAACCAUCAUGAAGCGCGAGGCGGACGAGGCCUACAACACCGUCGACGCGCUGCGGUCUGGCCCGGUCACCUUGCCAAAGGACCUCGAAUGGAGGCAUUUUAUCGACUCUGACCCCCACUUCAUCAGCCCUGACACGCCGCUACGCAAGAUCGAAGACAUCCAAUACCCCGGUAAGAUGCAUCCCGCCGCGGCAGAGGUCCGCGCAGGCAUGCUCGAGCGAAAGAGCAAGUAUCUGAAAAGCUACACGCCGGGAUGGUACGUGCUGUCGCCGACGCACCUCCACGAAUUCAAGUCAGCGGACCACAUCUACUCUCAGUCGCCCGUCAUGUCGCUGCUACUCGCCGACCAGAAGCUGGGCUCGCACUCGCAACCCGGAUCCAGCUCGCACAAGUUCAUGCUCAAGGGCCGGCAGACAGGUUCCAUGCAUAGAGGCCACUCCUGGGUGUUCCGCGCCGAAACGUACGAAACCAUGCUCGCGUGGUACGACGACAUCCGCGCCCUCACCGAGAAGACGGGCGAAGAGCGCAACGCGUUCGUGCGCAAGCACGCGCGUAGCUUCAGUGCUGGCAGCCAGCACCGCCCCAGCUCCGUCAGCGGCGACAGCGCCCUGGAUGAGGACGAGGCGGACGAGGUGCCGUUCAGCGCAAUGGCGUCGGCGCAGGACGGAGGAUCGUCGGUCGAGCGCGAUGGUGUUGUCAAGUCAGCUGAGGCUGGCGCGCAGCAGCCCCGGAAGAGGCCAGAACCAGGUGGGCGAUUUCCGUCGGAUCUCAAUAUCAACCGUCACUUACAGGCCACUCUUUCUCACAGUAGCGGGAGCUCCUCGGCGGGUGCGGACCAGCAGCAGCAACGCGACUCACACGGCCACGGUCCCGGCGAACAACCUCGUCACGAUCUAGGCAGCUUGGCCGGCGGGCCGCGGCCUGAGACGGCGGAUUCUACUACGGCGACGGCGACGUAUCCAACUGCAUCGACGGCUUAUCCGAUGGCGGCAGCAACGGUGAGGAGAGAGCAGGCUGAGCCACAGCCAACGUACGAGAACACGGCCGCGUAUCAGAACACGCCCACGAACCUGGUGACGGCGCCGUACGUGGCGACGAGCACGGCCUCCAACGUCCCCAUCAUCACCGGCCCCGCGCCACCCACUUCGCAAGACCUUUCUGGGGAGGUUAACCAGCCCCGAAUGGAGGGCUACCCAUCUGGCCACGCAAAUUGGGUCGCUCCCGCGGCUGCGGGUGCGGUCAUGGGUGCCGGAGCGGUCGGCGCGGAGGAGCACUGGCGCACCAAGAGGGAGGAGGCUGCUCAAAGACAGGCCGAAGCUACCGCGCAGAAUGUCGGCGUCGCAGACACGGGCAAGUCACCAGGAGCUGCGGAACCGGACUCUCUCUCUCGCUCUCUACUCCCCCUGCCUGUGACGACCACAGCGGGGGCCGGCGUGACCGAACAGGCACUGUACUCGCCCGCGAGUGCGAGCGGAGGCGGCCAGUCCGACACAGUCAUGUCCGUCGUGUCUCAAAGCACGGCGGCCACGGAGCUCACGGAGAGCCCGACGGCGAGCCAGGUUGCGCUCAGCCACACGGCGUACGACACCGCGCGCGACGGCACGGUGAAUGCGACACCGACGGGCAAGCUUUUCCCUGCCGUGCUGAGGCACGACACAAACACCAGCAUCAGCAACCUCCAUGUGCCCGGCGAGUACAAUUGACCUAGACUGGGUGUGGGUGGGACUCGUGGGGAGCCUAGAUUGUCUUUGCGACCAUCGAUCCAAGGGCGAGCGGGGAAGCACGACAAAAAGAAGAAAAAAAAAAACGACUGCCCGAGUGUUUAGUUGAUACGGCGUUUGAGUGACUGCGGCUCUGCCCUCGCUUAUUCUGCUUUUACCCCCCCCCAUUUGUUUUUCUUAUCUCAAUCCCUUCGUUCUUGUCGAACUACCUCAGUGAUACCGUACAUGACGAAUCUUGGAUGAAAGUCUUAUUCUCUUACACGGCCUUUUUAUUGUACAUAAACUCAUUCUAUCUUUACCUCCCGUGUGCGGACUGGCGUGCACAAACUGAAACAAUA